UACAAAGCAGAUAUCAUGGCAACGUCAAGCUCAGUAAGUAAUACUUGGGUUUUAGAUUAUUGCACGAUAGAAAAUAAUAAGGCAAAAUGCGAUAUUUGUUCCUGGAAUCAUAAUCUUAUUAAACAACAGUUAAACCAAAUAAAAGCUCACAUAACAAGUAAACAUAAAGAGAUUUAUCAGAGUAUUAGCUCAUCAUUAGCAAUCAGCUUUAGUUCAACAGAAUCGACGGAAGUUUAUACAAUAAAAAAUUAUGACGUCUACUGCAAUUUUUGUAAUCAAAUUUUUUUUGGAGACAAAACGUUCCGUUAUAUGCAAAAUCAUAUAACGAAAACUCAUACAGUUGAAAUAAAUAAAGCAAAAGAAAUCUACAAAUGGCUGCAACAACAUUUUGACGAAAAUAAUAUGGAUGCAAAAUCGUGCCGUUGCUAUUAUUGCAAUGAUGACAUUCCAAUUAAACCAGUAUUUUUAAUGUUUCAUUUGAUACAAGUGCAUGCGGCUAAAAUACCUGAGGCGAUCAGACCAACAAAAUUAUGGGAGUGUAUUGCAAAUAACAACGAAUGGAUGUGGAAAUUUGUCACAAAAUAUUUAUUAACAAAAAAUGAGGAACAUGCAAAUUGCAAUAUUUGUGACAAACGUUUAUCUAUCACCGUAGAUUACGCAACUAUAAAUUGCCACAUAUAUAAUAAACAUAAAACAGAUUAUGGAAAACAGAUUUCAUUACAAGUUUUACAAGAAAAGAACCUUUUUUCCAUAGAAAACGAACAAGCAAAAUGCAAUAAAUGUUCACAUAUUUGUUCUAUUCGUUAUAUUGAUCAGAACAAGGAACUGGAAAAUCAUUUAUCAAAUGAACAUAAACUUGAUUACGCUCAAAUGAAUAAUUUUGUCAAUUGGCUAAAAUUGUAUCGAAAUGUAAUUUAUUUUCAAACAUUAGAAUGCAAUGCUUGCAAGAACAUUUCUAAUGACAAUUAUUUUAGUUUAAUGAGACAUUUUAUUGAAGAACAUCCAAUCAAAUUUCUCUUACAUCUAAUAUCAAGAAAAUUAUUAGAUAAUUUACAAAUUUUAAAAAUAUUUAAUGAUGCCAAGGAUAUUGCUAAACCAGGAGGCAGCAAUCAGCAGCCACGUCAGAAUAUUAACCAAAGUUCUUUCAAAAUCACAUCACCAAGUAGUGCACGACAGAUAAUACAAAGUAGAUAUAUCAUGGACACGUCAAGCUUAGAAGAUAGUAAUUGGUUUCUGAAUUUUUGCACAAUAGAAAAUAAUAUGGCAAUGUGCGAUAUUUGUUCCUGGAAACGUAAUCUUAUUGACGAACAGUUAGACCAAAUAAAAUCUCACAUAACAAGUAAACAUAAAAAGAUUUAUCGGAGUAUUAGCUCAUCAUCAGUAAUCAGCUUUAGAUCAUAUGAAUCGACGCAAGUUUAUGCAAUAAAAAAUAAUGACGUUUACUGCAAUUUUUGUGAACAAAUUUAUUUUGGAGAAAACAAAACGUUCCGUUAUGUACAAAAGCACAUAACGGAUAUUCAUAUAGAUGGAAUAAAUAAAGCAAAAGAAAUCUGCAAUUGGCUACAAAAACAUUUUGGCAAAAACAUUGUGAAUGCAAAAUCAUGCUGCUGCAAUCAUUGCAAUAAUGACAUUCCCAAUAAAUUAGUAUUUUUAAUAAUUCAUUUGGAACAAGUGCAUGAUGAGAUUAAAAUACCUGAGGAGAUCAGACCAACAGGAUUAUGGGAGUCUACUGCAAAUCGCAAAGAAUGGAUGUGGAAAUUUGUUACAAAAUACUUAUUAACAAAAAAUGAGGAACAUGCAAAUUGCAAUAUUUGUGAUAAACGUUUAUCUAUUAACGUAGAUUACGCAACUAUAAGACACCACAUAUAUGAUAUACAUAGAACAGAUCAUGGAAAACGGUUUUCAUUACAAGUUUUACAAGAAAACAAUUUUUUUUCUAUAAAAAACGAUCAAGCAAAAUGCAAUAAAUGUCCACAUAUUAGUUCUAUUCGUUGUAUUGAUCAGAACAAGGAACUGCAAAAUCAUUUCUCGAAUGAACAUAAACUUGAUUACGCUCAAAUAAAUAAUUUUGUCAACUGGCUAAAAUUGUAUCAAAAUGUAAUUUAUUUUCAAACAUUAGAAUGCAAUGCUUGCAAGAACAUUUCUAAUGACAAUUAUUUUAGUUUAAUGAAACAUUUUAUUAAAGAACAUCCAAUCAAAUUUCUCUUACAUCUAAUAUCAAAAAAAUUAUUAGAUAAUUUACAAAUUUUAAAGAUAUUUAAUGAUGCCAAGAAUAUUGCUAAACCAGGAGGCAGCAAUCAGCAGCCAGGUCAGAAUAUUAACCAAAGUACUUCCAAAAUCACAUCACCAAGGUUAUCAGAUAUUUCAGAGUUUAAAAGUUCUGAUAAUGACAUAGAAAAUGUAGGUACAUCAGCAAUAAGUAGCUAUGAACAGCCAAUUCCGAAUAUUGAUCAAAGCUUCUCCAAUAACACAUCAACAAGAUUAUUAAAUGAUAAUGAUUUAGAUAUUUCGAGUGAUGAUAAUAAUGUUGAAGAUAAUGCUACAUCAAGCUGUCAGCAACCAAUUUGAGUAUUGAUUUAAAUUCCUCCGAAAUUUAACUAACAAGAUUAAGUUGAGAUGACAAGUUUUUGAAUAGAGACCUAAUCACCAACAGUGAUGGCCAAAUUAUUUUUCUUCAGGAGUUUGAAAUGUUAAUUAAAAUUAAGAUGCUUGC